UCAGUUUAGAAACAAUCAUCCAACGUCGCGCGUCGGUUUGUAUCCUUUGAUUGGAUAAACAAAUUCUAAUCUAACAUCAACUUUAACCUCACGCGUUAAAUUAAAUAUCAAUAUUAUUAUUAUUAUGUGAUCACAUUCAUUUAUGGCGUUUCUUUAAUAUCCAUUAUUUAUACAAAUUUGCGAUUUCUAAAAUGUCGGUGUACAUUUUAUUAAUAAAUGUUUUGUUAUUGAACCAUUUUCUUAUAGUGAAAGUUCAGGGAGGUUUUCGGUCAAAAAGAGAAGAUAUUGAAACAGAAAAUACUGUGAUAGAAGUUUUCCAUGACUGCAAAUGUGUGAAUUACUAUCAGUGCGAUGCUAAUAAUAGAGUGAUUACAAAUGGUGAAAAUUUAAUUGACGUAAGAAUGGGUGGAAACGUUGCUAAACCAGGGAACAUGACCAGAAUUCAAUGCAAAGGAGGCACAUUCGAAGGAGAGUUGAUCUGCUGUAAAGUUAUUAAUGGCACUGAAGGCAGUACUGAGAAAGUAAUUCCGGAUACAGACCAUGAUAAUACCACUGUAGAUCCAACGCAUCAAACUCAGUGUGGAAAUUGUGGAACUCAGAGAACCAAAAUUAACGUCAGAAUUAUAGUUGAUGAAGACAGUGAGGAAGAAAUCAAUCCACUGGAUGGAGAAUUUCCAUGGAUUACACCUAUUUACAGAAAAAAUAAACAAGGGAAAUGGUAUUUUUACGCCAGCGGAACGCUCAUACAUCCCAAAGUUAUUUUGACAGCUAAUCACUUAUUCAAUAGGAAACAUGCCAAUAACUUCAAAGUAAUCCUAACUGGUAACAUAGAACUAACUAACGUUGGAAAUAAUGUUAAUAACGAGCGGAACGUGGCAGAAAUAGUAAACCAUCCAAAGUAUUAUGCAGGUGCCCUUUACAAUGAUGGUGCUCUAUUGAUCUUGGAUAAACCUUUCGAAUCUACGAAUACAAAUUCGAUAAACACCCUGUGUUUGCCACCUGAUAAUCUUAACAUCAAUUCUCUGGGCAGAUGUCUCGUGGCAGGAUGGGGAAACGGAUCCGAGGAAGCAGGUACACGAAUUUUGAAAAAAGUUGACUUACCAAUUGUCCCAAUCGAUAAAUGUCAAGAACAGCUCCGCAAAUCCAGGAUGGGUGAAGAUUAUAUUCUCCACGAGUCAUUCAUGUGUGCAGGUGGAGAGAAAAACAAAGAUGCCUGCAAGGGAGAUGGAGGAAGUCCUUUGAUGUGUUUACAUCCUGGACAAACUAAUAGAUAUUUUGUUAUGGGGAUAGUUUCGUGGGGUAUGGGUUGUGGAAUCGAAAAUGUUCCUGGUAUUUAUGCCAGUGCCGUUAAAUUGAAACCUUGGGUAUUAGAAGAACUGAAAAAAAGAAAUUUAAUGUUAUAGGUUUCUGUAUUUUAUAUUUUAUAAUAUACUCUUUUUUCACAUU